GCUGGGAGUACUCGGCGUUCGUGUUCUGCAUCGUAAACAGCGUGGCGUUCGCCUUCAUCGCCUACGCCUACCUCACCAUGUUCAUCACAAUCACGCAUUCCAAGGUGGGCCUACGCUCCACGCAGCAGCUGCAGGAUCGAGCCAUCGCCAAGCGAUUCGCCUUCAUCGUGGGCACCGACUUUCUGUGCUGGAUGCCGAUCGUGUUCAUCAAGAUCAUUGCCAUAGCCGGAACAAAGAUCGACGAGACGUUGUACGCUUGGGUCGCAGUGUUUCUGUUGCCUGUGAACUCGGCGCUCAACCCCGUCUUGUACACACUCACCACGCGAAUGUUCAAGCAGCAGCUGAACCGGUUCCUGGAGAACUUGCGCCAGUGUGAGCGGGUACCUUCGUACCGACAGUCCGGCCAGUCGGGCCAGUCGGGCCAGUCGUGGUCGUCCAUUCCCACGGUGCGAAGCCAAAAGAAGACGAUCGUUACUUCACUUUCCGAAUACACCUUCGGGAAGAAAAAAACCUCGAGCGUGGUGUGCUAUCCGCUGAAGAAUGGCGUGAUAUUGCCGCUACGGGCCACCCAAUCAUGCACGGAAAAG